GGCAGCCCCCCUACUGAACCCAAUCGCGCGGUCGCGCCUUGUGCAUCAAACAAGGCCUCUCAAGAUGUUCGUCGUAGAAGACAAGGGUAGCGCCAUUGCUCUCAUGUGCGCCGCCCUCCUCUUCUUGGGCACAUGGCCAGCAUUGCUCACCCUCUUGGAGCGCAGGGGCCGGCUACCGCAGCACACGUACCUCGAUUACUCGAUCACCAACCUCCUCGCCGCGGUCCUCAUUGCACUCACCUUGGGCCAGCUUGGGGACAGCAAGCAAAACAUGCCCAAUUUCUUCACCCAGCUCAAUCAGGAUAACUGGCCUUCGGUGCUGUUUGCAAUGGCAGGGGGCCUUGUGCUCAGUAUUGGGAACCUUUCUACACAAUAUGCUUGGGCAUAUGUGGGUCUCUCAGUUACCGAGGUUAUCUGCGCAAGCAUGGUUGUUGUUAUAGGCACAACACUGAAUUAUUUCCUGGACAACCGCAUCAACAGGGCAGAUAUUCUUUUCACUGGAGUGGCUUGCUUCCUUGUUGCAGUCAUCCUUGGGACUGCUGUACACUCUUCCAAUGCAGCUGAUAAUGAAGAGAAACUAAGUGAAUCCACAAAUGGCUACAACCUUGGGACAAAUGGAGGUAUGAAGCCAAGCAAACAAGGUAUACAUGAUGCACUAGAGGUGGACAUAGAGAAUGGAGCUUGUGCAGAAGAGGCCACCAGAGCUGAAGCAGGAACUGCAGAAUACCUAAUUGAGCUCGAAGGCCGGCGUUCGGUUAAGGUGUUUGGAUCGAGCACCCUCAAGGGGCUUGGGCUGGUUUUCUUUGCCGGGGUCUGCCUCUCGCUCUUCUCCCCGGCACUCAACCUCGCCACCAAUGACCAGUGGCACACCCUGAAAGGCGGCGUCCCGCAUUUGGUUGUGUACACCGCCUUCUUCUACUUCUCCAUGUCAUGCUUUGUCAUCGGUGUCGGGCUCAACAUCUUGUUCCUCUACCGCCCGAUGGCCGGUGUGCCGAAGUCGUCCUUCAGGGCCUAUCUGGGUGACUGGGAAGGCAGGCAGUGGGCUCUCCUGGCCGGCUUGCUUUGUGGUUUGGGCAAUGGCUUCCAGUUCAUGGGUGGUCAGGCUGCUGGUUAUGCUGCUGCUGAUGCUGUUGAGGCAUUGCCACUUGUGAGCACAUUCUGGGGCAUCGUGCUUUUCGGGGAGUACCGCAAGUCGUCCAAGAAAACCUACACUCUGCUCGUGUUGAUGCUGCUCAUGUUUGUCGCGGCUGUAGCAACGCUCAUGGCUUCAGCAGGUCACAGGAGCACAGAGUGAUCAUUCUGGGGCCACAGGAGUACAAAGCGAAAGUUCGCUCUGCUCGUCGAGUUCAUGCUGCUCAUGUUGGUCGCCGGCUAUGGCCACGCUCAUGGCUUCGUCCGUUCAAAGGCGCACAAAGUGAUCGGCUGUCCCAUCCUUUCAUCUCUUCUUCUAGUUUGGGACUCCUCCUGCCACAAGGGCAAGGCAUAGGAAUAUUGGAUGAAGUAAGAAGGGAAGGCAAGUGACAUUGAUCCAUCCGGGAAGCAGGCCAUGCCAUGACAAAGUGGACUUUAUUCCUGAUGUUUUGGUCUCAAUGGAGUUGUUAGAUGUAGCCGCACAUAACCUGAAACAAGAGAUUUUGUAGUUGAAAGAGAAUUUUUAGGA